AUGGGACAGAACUUUGAGCCCCAAACACAACUGCGACGCUCACGAAGAGGGCAACCCUUCGUGUCUGAUUUUGUACUCCCUGAUCUGUCUCAUGCACCAUUUGGACCACCGAUAUUUGUCUGCGCAGCUUCCGCUGAAGAUCUGUAUGAAGCGGAGCGAGCGAAUGUCGAUCUGCCCUCCCUUGAAACGCGCCAUUAUUCAGGACUUACGAGGAGAGAAGAUCUGGAAAUUGCAAGGCCCUCUCAAGUUUAUGGACGAAAGGGCCGAUCCCCGAGAGCAUCGACCCAAGGGACCGGCCGCGGUUCCGACAGCUUCGAUGAGAAGAUAUAUCGCAUAGGCGAUACUGUGUUAGUGAGAACCAUAACAAAGGUACCCAGCAUUGCUGUGGUAGUAUCAAUAUGGGAUGUCGCUCGUGAUGGCGUCGCUUUGGAGCAAGGUCUGAGGAUCAAAGUCCAUUGGUUCAACAAGCCCGAGCAGCUUCCGGCUAUUCGGGCGCGUAGGGAGACUGGUGAAGGCGAGAUAUACUAUUCAUUGACCUCCGUGGCCAUGUUGCCGCCCUUGAGCAUCAUUGACCAUUGCACUGUGGCUGUAGAGCCAACCCCGAUCGUACCUCGAGCCAGAACUCGCCCCAGUGACGCGGCCCGCACGUCAACUUUUUAUUGUAAGUUGGCCGUGGACCCUCUGAGGGGAAUAUUUUUUGCUUUCAACUGGGAUACUUUAAGAAAUCACGCAUUGGCUACAGUAGCCCACGCAGAUGGCAGCCCACGCUCAAGCUUGGAGGCAUGGAACGUGAAAAUCGAGGAGCAAACAAGCGCGAGCGGGAGUCCCAGGAAACGUGCUCGAAUAGCUGCGGUUGCAGAUGCUGCUCGAGAAAAGGCAGCCACGCUCGAGACAGUUACCGAAGAAGACGUUGGAUCCGACGUGGCCAACUCGUCUCUAGAUGCGGCGGAAAUGCAGUCAGACCCAGAAUGUGACACUUUCGUACUGGGUGAGUUUGUGCCUCAGGAGAAAGAUAAAUCAAUCGACGCGAAAAGCAUACAUGUUCCUGAGACACCCUCUCGGAAGCGGAGGCGAGCAAUCCUUGUUCCCAACACGCCACGCAUUCCCCGAGCUCCGCGCGCCGUUCCGGCAUCCGGCGCCCCUCGCCGUACGACGACUGCUAUUCCCAAGCGAUCGCGAAAACAAGCCCAAGCCUCAGACUCGGAGGAUAUCUCUUCUGUAAGAGAUGAAUAUGUGCCUCAAUCAGACGAGGACGACGUAGAAGAGGAAGAGGAAGAAGCCCACGAAAGCGAAACAGAGAACCCUCGUGUCCCCGCGACACCCUCUCGCAAGCGAAAGCGUGCAGCCGCUAGUCCCAGCACACCUCGCACACCCCGAACUCCACGCACUGUCCCAGCAUCACGGACUCCUCGCCGUGUAGCGACUUCCACUCCUAGGCGAUCGCGAAAACAGGGCGAAGAAAUUGUGCCCACGUUAGCACAGCCUACUCCCCAUUCCAAGGCCGCUCUUCGAAAACGAAAGCGUACGGCACUUGCAGUACGACCGCCGCCUCCCAUAGAUUCCGGGCUCAACCUACACACACUGCUGGAUGCACAGCUGGGUGCCGUCGCAAGCAAAGAUCCGUGGCUGCGGGCGAUGCAUGUCCUACAUGUUGCAGCGCGUCCGGAAGCAUUGCCGUGUCGGGAGGAAGAGUACGGUAGGAUCUUGCGUGCUGUGGAGGAAUUGCUGGAAGAAGGGAGUGGAGGGUGCAUUUAUAUCUCCGGCGUCCCGGGAACAGGGAAGACGGCUACCGUGCACGCGGUUGUGCGCGAGCUCAAGCGGAUGGCGCAGGAGAACGAAGCAAAUCCUUUUGCAUACGUAGAAAUAAACGGACUGAGGAUUCCUGAGCCCGCCGCCGCUUACGGUUUGUUAUGGGAAGCAGUCUGCGGGCAUGAUACUGAACGUGACGGACAUCUGAAGAUCAGCUCUAACCAAGCGUUGAAGUCGCUCUCAAGACAUUUUAGUGCGGGUGAGAGGGCUGGUCCAGGCGGACACGCAUGCGUUGUGCUCAUGGACGAAUUGGACCAGUUGAUGACAACUAAGCAAGAUGUGGUGUACAAUUUCUUCAACUGGCCCACGUUAAUGGGAUCGAAACUCGUCGUCCUCGCAGUGGCCAACACAAUGGAUCUUCCGGAGCGUGUUAUGUCAGGUCGCGUAAGAAGUCGAUUAGGAAUGAUACGCAUUAAUUUCCAACCGUAUACUACUCCGCAAUUGGAAAAGAUCGUCCAGGCACGGUUACUCAGCGCAAAGGAGGGUCUGUCCGCCGGAUCGCCAGACGUCAUUGCACCAGACGGCAUCAAGUUCGCUGCAAUGAAAGUAUCGUCAAUCAGCGGCGACGCCCGACGGGUGCUGGACAUUUGCAGACGAACCGUGGAGCUCGUGCAGCCGCGAUCCAGAACUGCACGUACAGACGACGUCAAGGAGGUGAUCAAGGAGCUGCAGAACAGUCCCACUGCCGCGUACCUGCGCGAACUGAGCUUCCACGAGCGACUUAUGCUCGCCGCACUGCUCAAAUGUAUAAGGAAAGAGGGGAUCGAGGAGAUUCGGUGGGGAGAUGUCCAACACCAACACCUGGUAUACAUGAACCUCCUUAUGAACGACGACGAUCCCACUCGGAGACCUACGCCAAGCGACCUGCGCAUGGUCCUGGAUUCGCUGCUUGCUUGCCGGGCCUUGAUUUGUGAAGACGGUGCGGUCGUUGCGCGCAGGCCGGAGGACGAUCGGAGGGUGGCUUUGAAUCUUGAACACGCGGAGGUCGAACGAGUGCUGGGAGAAGUCGGAGGACCCAAAUGGAGGAGUGCGCUCAGCAUUUAG